CGCGGUGAGCGGACUCGUGGACGGGCUGCGCGUCGACGGCUCGUGGGAGUUGUGCGUGCUGGUGGACGACAUCGGGGCCGAGGUGAAGGUGCGUGUGAGCGGCGACCUGCACAUCGGCGGUCUGAUGCACCGCGUCUCGGAGUGCGUCAGCCUGAAGCAAAGCUGGGCCGACCACGCCAUCUGGUGGUCGGAGCGCAACAUGUGGCUGCUGCACACGCGCACCACUCUGGACCAGUACGGCGUGCAGUCGGACGCCAGGCUCUCGGACGGCUCGUUGGACCGAGACCGGCCCGACGUGGCUCGGCUGGCCGACUGCGCGGCCCGCGUGCCGGCCAAGUCGGUGUUCGCCGAUGAUUGGCUGCUGAGGCCGAAGAGCCUGCAGCAGAAGGCGCGUCUGCACAGCGGCUGGCUCGACGUGUCGCGCAGCCUGAUGGAGCACGGCGUGGAGCCGCCGUCGCCGCUGCAGGAGGCGGACAACGCGAAGCCGCCCACGCUCUAUUUGCGCUUCAAGUACCACUCGUUCUACGACUUGAACGCCAAAUACGACGCCGUCCGCAUCCACCAGCUCUACGAGCAGGCGCGCUGGUCCCUCCUCGCCGGCCAUCUCGACUGCACCGAGGACGAGAUGGUCGUCUUCGCCGCCUACCAACUGCAGGCCGAACUCCAGACGGCCCACGCCGCCACCGCCGUCUUCUCCGACACCCUCAGCCGGUACCCGAGCCUGGCCAACUACGCCAGCCUGACGACGCCGACCCUCAGUCCCGACCUCGGCGGCGCCCGUCGAGCCCAGUCCCCCUUCUCCACCAUCGGCGGCGGCGGUGGCGGUGGCGGUGGCGGUUCCUUGCUCUACUUGCACAGCCCGUGUCUGACGCCGCGGUCUCUGCUCAGCGUGCCCGACGGCGGCGCCACGCUGCAGCGUCUCUCCUCGCUGCCCAACGGACACGCGGCCGGCCCGAGGCGGCUGGACGAGGUGGACGAGCUGUUGGCCGAGCUGGAGCAGUCGUGCGGCGUGGCGACGGAGGCCAAGUCUGUCCGGUCGGCCAGCCUCGGUGUGGACGCGGGUCUGCGCGGUGGGCAGGACGACGUGGACACUUGCGUGAUCCCCGUGCUGGAGGACAGUGUGCGUGUGCUGAAGGGCAGGAUCCUGGGCAUUCGGCACUACAAGCUCUACUGGACGGUGGUGCGUGACGCCCGCCUGUACCUCUACAAGAGCCGCGAGGAAGCCAAGCGCCCGUUGUUCGAGUACACCCUGCGCGACUGUUGCGUGGCGCCCGAGGUGAACGCGGCCGCGCAACGCUUCGUCAUCAAGCUCUCUCUGCUCACCGACCCGGCCGCGGCGUGCCAGACGCCUGGGCCGGCCGAGUCGUCGGGCUCGUUUGUGUCGAGCCGGCGUCCUGCUGCGGGUUCGCGUGACGACGUCUGGCUGCGCUGCGAGUCGGCCGACAAGUACGCCAAAUGGGUGGCCGCUUUCCGGUUGGGCGCGCGCGGCAAGACGCUGGCCAGUCGAGCCGCCUACGAGAAGGAGGUUGCCGCGAUCAUGGAGCUGCUGCGCCUGCAAAUGUCCACGCCGUCGGCGUCGGCUCUGCCGGCCGAGACGGCCUCCUGCCUCGGCGACCUGACGGACUUUUGCCCCGAGCGUCUGAUCAAGAAGGCGCGCUCGAAAGAGGCGCUUCGCCAGCGCAUCUGCGAGGCCCUCUGCAGCGUCAGUGAGUUGUCUCUGACCGAGGCCAAGCUCAAGUACAUACAGGCCUGGCAGCGCCUGACGCACUACGGACGCACCUACUUCAUCGUCUGCUUUGAUCGGCCUCACGUCGGCGCGUCGGUCGGCGCUCUCCUGGCGCCUGGCGUCUGCGGCGAGCAGAUGAUCGCCAUCUGCCAGGGCCGAGUUGAGCUGGUCAAUGCGGCCACGGGCGAGGUCAUGAGGGUGUGGAACUUCAGCGACAUGCGCAGCUGGAACGUGAAUUGGGACGCCGGUCGGGUGGACCUGGAGUUCCGCGAGGGUCAGAUCUCCUUCCGGCCGCUGUCGUCCAACUGCAAGACCCUCGUCGAGUUCAUCGGCGGCUACGUCUUCCUGUCGCAACGGACGCCCGACAAAAACCAAGAGCUCAACGAGCGUCUUUUCCACCGGCUGACCGGAGUCAGCGAUUGA